AUGACAGAGUCUGAGUCGUCGGUACCUGAGCCGGCAGAGUCGCGGCCACGCAUCGUUGAGGGUGAAACGUUGAUAUGGCAUUCCACCGAGGUCUUCGUGGAAAAUCCCUGUUCGGGAUGGGCAAACGGCACAGAGGUGGAAUCCUCGUGGAAAGCUUUGCCGCACGGGUGGCAGUUUCGAAUUUUGGUAUACCCAAACGGGAGGCUGCCAGAGGACCAGUGGUUUGUGAGCGCCUUUAUGUAUGUUCGCCCGCCUGCUAUGAUGCAAGGGAAGGAAUGGAUCUUUCCGAAUCUGCAGCAGAUGAGAUGGUUUACCAAGGACGAUUUUGAAUUGUACAAAAACAGGACUCUCCCGUUUACGUUAUCCAACUCGGGUGAUUCUGUUGGUUACAGAAAACUUGUUAGCCAUAGCACAAUCCGACAGAAGAAGUGGGUCACAGCUGGCAAGCUUCGCAUUGUGUGUGAAGCGGCUUUCCUGCCCAGCAACUCCUCUUGCCCAGAUUUGCCCGCGGACCUUUUCUCCAAGGAACCGGAGUUCGUCACGUUCCUUUUGGCCGACGGGUCGAAACUCCACCUUGACAAGAGGCUAGUGGUAGAGCGUUCGACGCAUUUCGCGAACAUGCUGUCAUCAGAAACAUGGGUCGAGGGUCGCACCAAUGUCAUCGACUUGCGGAGCAACGAGCAGGCGGAUGUAACCAGCAUGCAGGCAGUCCUUUGUCAUUUCAUGUCGCAGCCCUUUCGCGCUGCCUGCAACAUUGAGGUCGCAUUUUCCGUCCGGAAGCUUGCAGAUCAGUUUUGCCUAGAUGCCUUGGUCCAGGAAGUGGAAGGAGAGCUCGUGCCAAAAGUUUGCAAGGACAACGCCCUUCAGUUUCUGGGUCAGGUCAUCGGAAGUGGAGGCAUCUUGGAGGCCCGGUGCCUGGAGCUGGUAAAAGCGCAUGCGAGCGAGCUCCUUGAAAAGCACCGAUCCAUGUUGGACGAAAUCGUGGAUGACAACCCGGCCCUGACGAAGUUCCUGUUGCGAACCCUGCUGAAUGCAGCUCGAGCGGCAGGAGUCUGA